UUGCGUAAUCCGGGACUCUCAGCCCUGCUGGCUGGUGGGCGCAGAGCAGAGGGACAGAGCGGCGUCUCUGGCCUUGCUGCCAGCCUGCAGUGCCCUGCAGGGAUGGGACAUCACCUGGAAGGAGUUUCCUGCGGAGGAAUGCGUCUGUGCCGAUCUCGCUGCGGGAUCUGACCUGCCUUUUGUUGUCGGAGCCGAGCGUGUGUGUGCAUGUGCAGCCAGAGCCUCUCCGGAGCUGUUUGCCAGACUCACCCAGUUACUGGGAACCAAACCAACCACCCUUCCCCUCCCCUGCUCAGACAAACCUGUGUGUGCAGGAGGGCUCAGGCUGGGAAGGAGCUUCCCCGACCCCAUCCGGACGCCUUCCUCUGGCUCUGCCACCUGGACAGCCCCGGGACACCGCAGUGCUCUGCAUGAGAGGACCCUGCUCACCACUCUGCCAUCGUGCCCUGGCUAUGCCCCGUGCUGGACACUCCCCACCCCACAGCCCCCGGUGAGCGGGGAAGGAGCCUGAGCCUCCUCCAGGUUGGGUGACCCUGGUUUCCCUCAGCUGCCAUGGAUUGGAAAACGCUGCAGGGGCUGCUCAGCGGGGUCAACAAGUACUCCACAGCCUUCAGCCGCAUCUGGCUCUCCAUGGUCUUUGUCUUCCGUGUGCUGGUCUACGUGGUGGCGGCCGAGAAGGUCUGGGGCGACGAGCAGAAGGACUUUGACUGCAACACGCGGCAGCCGGGCUGCACCAACGUGUGCUAUGACCACUUCUUCCCCGUCUCCCACAUCCGCCUCUGGGCCCUGCAGCUCAUCUUUGUCACUUGUCCUUCCCUCCUGGUCAUCAUGCACGUGGCCUACCGGGAGGACCGCGAGAGGAAGAACCGGGAGAAGAACGGAGAGAAUUGCCCCAAGCUCUACAGCAACACGGGCAAGAAGCACGGCGGGCUGUGGUGGACCUACCUGUUCAGCCUCUUCUUCAAGCUUGUCAUAGAGAUCCUGUUCCUCUUCCUCCUCCACAAGAUGUGGGACAGCUUCGAUUUGCCACGGCUGGUCCAGUGCACCAACGUGGAUCCCUGUCCCAACACCGUGGACUGCUACAUCGCUCGGCCAACCGAGAAAAGGGUCUUCACCUAUUUCAUGGUUGGAGCCUCCUCCAUCUGCAUCGUCCUCACCGUCUGUGAGAUCUUCUACCUCAUCUUCAAGCGAGUUGUCCAGAGGACAAGGAAGUGGAGGAAAUCCAAGCGCUCCGUCAGCUACAGCAAGGCCUCCACCUGCCACUGCCACGUCAAGUCAGAGGAGAAGGAGACCAAGUCCCAGCCGAGAGGAGAAGAGCUGUGACCUCACAUCCAUCCCAGCCAGUUCACAUUCCCCUCAACUUGGCUUUUCCAGCCUGGCAAAUCCCUGAACCCUCAAGAGUUGACCUGUGUGAAAACUGACUAAACCAAACAAAGUAAUGUCCCUGGAGAGAGACCCACGGGUGCCUGAGCAGACACAGGUAAGGCAAGGGACACCUGGAGCUCUGCAGGUGGCAGUGCCACAAGCAUGGACAUCACAGCAGCACACAGAUCCUCGUGCCCAGAGCUUCUCUUGGGUCCUGCUGCUCUAUGCUGGGUGUGAGUGCCCCCAGCUGGUGCCCAGCCAGGGCUGGUGUCACCCAGUGUGUGCCAGUCCUCCCAGCUCACCGUGCCUCACACAUGCACUGCUUUCUUUUGUACCAAGAAACCAAAGGAAUUCUGGGCUCCAUGGCCAGACCUCUCUUCGUGCACCCAAAGUAACGACAGAGGACCAGGGCUCCAGUCUGCUGGCAACUGUUCUGCUGGCCCAGUUUGCCCAGUUUGCUAUUCCUCCCCCUUGUCUCACACAAGCACCAAGCCAUGUCUUGCCCAAAAGCCCUUGCUGGCUCUGCUGCUUCCCUUGGUGCCUCUGUGUCCCCCCUCACCUCACAUCACACCCAGCACAAGCUACGGAUCCAAAAGUCCAAUAAAUGUCAUUUUUGGAGACACCAAAAUCUGCUCUGCACGCUGGAAAUUGGGGACUGGUGAGGGCAGAAGACAUGGAUGUGCAGAGGUUCCUCAGGAGCCUGCAGCCAGGUCCUUCUCAUCCGCCUGAGCUGGGCACUGGCCGAGCCCACAGCCGAGCUCACGUCCGCCCGUUCCGCCUCUCCCAGCUUGUCACGCGUCGUUAAACUUUAAUUCAGCAGAACCUCACGCUGGCCCCCAAGGAAAUCAAGGAGGGAUGAGCAUCAAUUAUUUACUAAACCUUGAUAAAUAUUACAAUAAAUAGAAAUGAUUUCCAUUUAA